AUGUCAACCAUUGAGAUCAAAAACAAUUCUGGAAUCAAAAUCCUUCAAAGUCAAAAAAAAAAUUGCAGAAUAUCCAUAAUUGUAACUGUAAUAUUUAUACUAUUGGAUCCUAUGCUACUAGCAUGUCUUGGGUUAUACAACCUAGCCAUGGUCAAACGUAGGCAUCGUCUACUGAUGCUUGAGAUCUCCGAAGUUUACGAACUACGGAACAAGUGCUUUAUGACACAACCGAUCGAACCUCUUUACAAGAGAUUCAAUUCAGAAAAUUUACAUACUUCUGAAAUCUAA